AUGGCCGUUACCAAGCGCGCAGGGCGCAAGAAGGACGCGGGCGCCUCCAAGCAGGCCGCCGCUGGCGGCGGCGGCGGAAAGGGCUUCUCCAAGAAGGCCGUCUUCGAAACCACCAAGAAGAAGGAGGUCGGCGUGUCGGAUCUGACACUAAUCAGCAAGAUCUCCAACGAAGCCAUCAACGAGAACUUGAAGAAGCGCUUCGAGAAUGGCGAGAUCUACACCUACAUCGGCCACGUGCUGGUCUCGGUCAACCCGUUCCGGGACCUGGGCAUAUACACGGAGCAGGUGCUGGAGAGCUACAAGGGCAAGAACAGGCUGGAGAUGCCGCCCCACGUCUUCGCCAUCGCCGAGUCCGCAUACUACAACAUGAACGCGUAUAAGGAGAACCAGUGUGUCAUCAUUUCCGGCGAGUCGGGAGCCGGCAAGACCGAGGCAGCGAAGCGCCUCAUGCAAUACAUUGCCAACGUGUCGGGCGGAAGCAACAGCUCCAUCCAGGAGAUCAAGGACAUGGUGUUAGCAACGAACCCGCUGCUGGAGUCGUUCGGAAACGCGAAGACGCUGCGCAACAACAACUCGUCACGAUUCGGAAAGUACCUCGAGAUUCAGUUCAACGCGCAGGGAGAGCCCGUCGGAGCAAACAUCAACAACUAUCUGCUCGAGAAGUCGCGAGUCGUCGGCCAGAUCAAGAACGAGAGAAACUUCCACAUCUUCUACCAAUUCGCCAAGGGCGCCGCGCAGAACUACAGGGAGAUGUUCGGCAUACAGCAGCCGCAGUCCUACGUCUACACGAGCAAAUCGCAAUGUUACGACGUCGACGGCAUAGACGACCUCGCUGAAUUCAACGACACGCUCAACGCCAUGAAGAUCAUUGGCAUGACACAGGACGAGCAGGACAACGUUUUCCGCAUGCUCUCCACCAUUCUCUGGCUCGGUAACGUAACUUUCGUAGAAAACGAUGAGGGAAAUGCGGCCAUAUCAGAUCAGUCGGUGGUUGAUUUCGUUGGCUACCUGUUGGAAGUUGAACCGGCGCACGUCAACAAGGCUCUGACACAAAGAGUCAUGGAGACCAGUCGCGGUGGCCGGAGAGGCUCUGUUUACGACGUUCCCUUGAACCGCGCGCAAGCAGCAUCUGUCCGGGACGCCCUUUCGAAGGCCAUCUACUUCAACAUGUUCGAUUGGAUCGUCAUGAGAAUCAACAUGUCCUUGAAGGCGCGAGGAGAGCAAGCUCACUCGAUAGGUAUCCUGGAUAUCUAUGGAUUCGAGAUCUUUGAGCGCAACAGCUUCGAGCAACUGUGCAUUAACUAUGUCAAUGAGAAGCUGCAGCAGAUCUUUAUCCAGCUGACCUUGAAGGCCGAGCAAGAAGAGUACGACAGAGAACAGAUCAAAUGGACCCCCAUCAAGUAUUUCGAUAACAAGGUCGUUUGCGAGCUGAUCGAGGAGAAGAGACCCGCUGGUGUCUUUGCUACGCUUAACGACGCCUGCGCAACUGCUCACGCCGACCCCUCUGCCGCCGACAACACCUUCGUCCAGCGUCUCAACGGUCUCUCAUCGCACCCCAACUUCGCGGCGCGCCAAGGAAACUUUAUCAUCAAGCAUUAUGCCGGCGAUGUCGAAUAUGCGGUGCAGGGAAUGACGGACAAGAACAAGGACCAGCUCCUGAAGGACUUGCUUGUUCUGGUCGGCCAGAGCUCGAACCAGUUUGUCCACACGCUGUUCCCUCAUCAGGUUGACACGGACAACAAGCGUCGCCCGCCGACUGCAGGUGACAAGAUCAAGGUCUCCGCGAACGACCUGGUCGCAACUCUCAUGAAGGCCUCACCGUCGUACAUCCGUACCAUCAAGCCAAACGAGAACAAAUCGCACAGCGAGUUCAACGAUGCCAACGUUCUGCAUCAGAUCAAGUACCUCGGUCUCCAGGAAAACGUCAGAAUUCGCCGCGCUGGUUUUGCUUCUCGUCAGACAUUCGAAAAAUUCGUCGAGCGAUUCUUCCUUCUGUCACCCAAGACUUCGUACGCUGGAGAAUACACCUGGACUGGCGAUUACAAGACUGGAGCCAAACAGAUCCUUAAAGACACCAGUAUCCCUGCGGAAGAGUGGCAAAUGGGUGUCACGAAGGUGUUCAUCAAGACCCCCGAGACGCUCUUUGCUCUGGAGACCAUGAGAGACAGGUACUGGCACAACAUGGCCAUUAGGAUCCAACGUGCUUGGCGCAACUACUUGCGGUACCGCGCCGAGUGUGCAACCCGUAUCCAGCGGUUCUGGAGAAAGCUCAACGGCGGCAAGGAAUUCAUCCAAUGGCGUGAUCAGGGUCACCAGGUCUUGGCCGGCAGGAAAGAGAGAAGACGGUACAGCUUGACUGGAUCCCGACGCUUCAUGGGAGACUACCUGGGCAUUGCUAAUUCGGGCGGCCCCGGCGAGGUCAUGGCGGAUUCCAUCAGCAUUAGAGGAGAACCGGUGCUCUUCUCUUGCAGGGCUGAAGUGCUUAUCUCGAAGCUUGGUCGUUCGAGUAAGGCUGAACCCCGUACGCUGAUCCUGACGAAGAAGAACGUGUACAUCGUCAAGCAGGCCAUGGUCAACAAGCAAAUCACGAUUCUUGCGGAGCGGACAAUCACCCUGGGAGCUAUCAAGUUCAUCAGCUGCUCUAAUCUCAAAGACGAUUGGUUCUCGAUAGGCGCUGCUUCGCCUCAGGAGCCGGAUCCCCUUGUCCACUGCAUUUUCAAGACGGAGUUCUUCACUCACCUUACGAACGCCAGCCGCGGCACCUUCGAGCUCAAGAUUGGACCGACUGUUGAAUACAACAAGAAGCCCGGCAAGAUCGCUACUGUCAAGACUGCCAAAGAUCCCCAGGUCCCACCGCAGCAAGACCUGUACAAGAGCUCAACAAUCCAUACCAGCGCAGGAGAGCCGCCCAACUCGGUCUCUAAGCCGACACCAAAGGGCAAGCAGGUCGCAGCGAAGCCAAUCACCAAGGGCAAGCUUCUACGGCCUGGCGGCCCCGGUGGCGGUCCUUCGAAGCUGGCCAACCGGCCGAAGCCCACACCUCCUCCUGCUCCCGCCGCCGCAGCACAGCCCAGAGCCAUGCCUCAACCAGUUGCCGCGCUGUCAAACGGUCAUUCACGCACUGCAUCAUCAUCGUCAGGACGGGCGCCUCCACCCCCACCUCCGCCGCCUGGACCACCCGCAGCGCCGAAAGAGCCCACUUUCAAGGCUCUCUACGAUUUCAACGGCCAAACAAGUGGCGAGCUAAGCGUCGCGAAGGACGAGGUCAUUCUCAUCCUCCAGAAGGAGAACAACGGCUGGUGGCUCGCCAAACGCAUGGACGGCUCGGCCCAGGGCUGGGCUCCGUCCGCCUACCUCGAAGAGGUCGUCGUCCAGGCCGCGCCCAAGCCCACCCCUCCCCCCCCGCCGCCGCCCACCUCCCGCCCCGUCCCCACGCCUCCCAACGGCGCUGCUGCUGCCGCCGCCAAGAAGCCCGCUCCCCCCGCGCCCCCGGCCAAGCGCCCGGCCGGCAGGAAACCCAUCCCGCCGCCCGCGCCGAGGGACAGCGGAUACUCGACGGCCGAGAGCGGCGCGAGCAACGGUGGUGGUGGCGGUGGUGGUGCGAGCAUGGCGGGUGGGUUGGCGGAGGCGCUGAGGGCGCGGCAGGCGGCCAUGAACAAGAAGGAUGAUGAUGAGGAUGACUGGUAG